UGCGGUACGAAUUGUCUUGUGUGUGUCCUGCGUGGUUAAUCGACGAAUGGUUACAUUAGUUAAUUGAUUUGCAUUGAAUAUAAACAGUUGUUUAUUUGAGCAACACAUUUCGACAAAUAAUAUUGGAUAUAUUAAUGGCGGUUGCAAUUGAUAAGAAAGUGUUGAUUGAUGAAGCUUGCUCCACAGCCUUGGAAUUCACAAAACUCUAUUAUGAUUGCCUUGACAAAAAGAGAAACCUUCUUUGUAAACUGUAUAUGGAAACGGCGGUCUUAGUUUGGAAUGGUAACUCAGUAUCAGGAAACAUGCAAAUUCAAUCCUUCCUUGAGAAGCUUCCAGCAAGUGAUCAUCAAAUUGUAAGCUUAGAUGCUCAGCCAAUCCAUGAAGAAGCAAUAAAAGGUCAACCUACUGUAAUGGCUGUCAUAGCAGGAAUUGUCAGAUUUGAAAAAAAGCCUGCACAACCAUUUUGCCAAAAUUUCCUUAUUACAGCUCAGGAUACAAAAUGGAAAGUUGUUUCUGACUGCCUUCGUUUCCAACAAGUCCUUUCCUAAAUAUGUAAAAUACAAUAAUUCUUUUCUAAGA